AUGGCUUCCAAGCUUUUCUCUCCCAUAACAUUUUCAAUUUUCAUUCUCCUUUCCUUUAUUGUUAGUCUCUCUUUUGCAGAUAGGUCUGACCUGACUAGUCCCGACUCACCAGAACACAUUUGCAACUCCACCCAAGACCCUUCUUAUUGCAAAUCAGUGCUCCCUAACCAUAAUGCCAAUGUAUACGACUCCGGUCGAUUUGUGGUUCAAAAGUCAUUAUCACAAGCACGUAAAUUUUCAAACACUGUGGACUCAUAUCUUCAACGUAGCUCCACUUUCUCUGAAACCACAAUACGUGCCCUACUAGAUUGCCAAUUACUUGCUGGCUUUAACGUGGAGUACCUUCAAACCUCCUAUGAAACUGUCAAUAUAGCUAAUGUUUCUCUAUCUAGCGUGGUAGUUGAUGACAUCCAAACCUUGCUUAGUGCCGUAUUAACUAACCAAGAAACUUGUUUUGAGGGACUAGUAACCACGGCUUCUGAUGCAAGCGUAAAGAAUGAUCUUUCAGGGCCACUUGAUGAUGACACUAAGCUCCAUGGUGUCUCUCUAGCUUUGUUCAACAAGGGUUGGGUGCCUGUGAAGAGGAAUGACUCGCCGCCUAAGAGGAACCAUCCUAAUUUCAGAAAUGGACGCUUUCCCUUUAAAAUGUCCGGUCACACACGUACAAUUUUCGAGUCAGCAAGCCGGAGAAAGCUGCUUCAGACAGCUCAGUUCGAAGCAGUUACGGUUUAUGACAUUGUGACUGUGAGCCAGGAUGGAAGCGGAAACUUCACCACCAUCAAUGCUGCCAUUGCUGCUGCUCCUAACAACACUAAUUCUUCCGCCGGGUACUUCUUGAUCUAUAUCACCGCUGGUGUUUACCAAGAGUAUGUGUCUAUUGCAAAGAACAAGAACAAUUUGCUGUUGAUUGGAGAUGGUAUCAAUCAGACUAUUAUCACAGGCAACAGGAGCGUCGCUGAUGGGUGGACAACGUUCAAUUCCGCAACAUUUGCUGUGGUUGCACCAGGGUUCGUAGCCGUUAACAUUACUUUCCGUAACACAGCUGGGGCAAUUAAGGCCCAGGCAGUUGCAGUUCGAACUGGGGCAGAUUUGUCCACAUUCUAUAGCUGCAGCUUUGAGGGGUACCAGGACACCUUAUACACACAUUCUCUUAGGCAGUUCUAUCGAGAGUGUGACAUUUAUGGCACAGUUGACUUCAUAUUUGGAAACGCUGCAGUUGUUUUUCAGAACUGCAAUAUAUAUCCUCGCUUGCCAAUAACUGGCCAAUUCAAUACCAUUACUGCUCAAGGUAGAACGGACCCAAAUCAAAACACAGGUACUUCAAUUCAAAAUUCUACCAUUAGAGCAGCUUCUGAUUUAGCUGCAAGCAAUGGUACCACUCAAACAUACCUAGGCCGGCCAUGGAAGGAGUACUGUCUGACAGUUUUCAUGCAAUCUUUUAUGGAUAGCUUCAUAAAUCCUGCUGGUUGGCAUGACUGGAAUGGAACUUUCGGAUUAAGCACAUUGUAUUAUGCGGAGUAUAAUAAUAGAGGAGCCGGAUCAAACACUACAAAUAGAGUGACAUGGCCUGGUUAUCACGUGAUUACUAAUGCUACUACUGCUGCUAAUUUUACAGUGUCUAAAUUCAUACUGGGGGAUUAUUGGCUACCUCAAACAGGAGUGCCUUACACCGGUGGCUUAGUAUGA